GGUUUAGUUUCAAGAAUGGCUCAAAGCUGUCCACUUCUGCAGAGGAUCUUGGCUUCAUCAGUGACUGCAGCUGCCAGGGCUGGGAAAAUCAUUCGAGAUGUGAUGAGUUUGGGUGAAUUGGGCAUUGUUGAGAAGGGUAAAAAUGAUCUGCAAACUGAAGCUGACCGUUCAGCGCAACGAUGCAUCAUGGCAAAUCUAAGCCAACAAUUCCCUAAAAUUGCGAUUAUCGGCGAAGAAGGGCCUUCCAAUUGCGAGGUACCAAGCGAUUGGGUAACUCUCGAGCAGGAUCAAGACGUUUUAACCAAAUUAUGUCCCAAUGAUUACAUGAAAGUUGCUGAUGAGGAUAUUGUGGUCUGGGUAGACCCGUUAGACGGUACUUCUGAGUACACCCAAGGACUUCUUGAGCACGUCACGGUCUUGAUCGGCAUCGCUGUCAAGGGUAAAGCAGUCGCCGGAGUUAUCCAUCAGCCGUACUACAAUUACAAACAAAAUCAACAACAAUGUAAAACUGAUAAUAAUCUAGGAAGGACACUCUGGGGACUUGUUGGUAUGGGUGUUGGUGGGUUUACACCCAUCAAUCCACCACAAAAUGGUUUGGUAGUGGCCACAACGCGCUCACACUCUGAUAAAAUGGUACAAAUGGCGCUGGACGCCUUAAAACCACAAGAAAUCAUCAAAGUGGGCGGUGCUGGUUAUAAGGUUAUGCUUUUGAUGGAAGGAAAAGCAAACGCGUACGUUUUCGCUAGCAAAGGUUGUAAGAAAUGGGACACGUGCGCGCCGGAAGCCAUUUUGACAGCCAUUGGUGGUAAACUGACAGAUGUACAUGGUGAAUACUAUUGCUACGACGCCAAUGUACAGUAUCCGAAUAAAGGAGGAGUUUUCGCAACGGCAAAAGGCGUGAAUCAUGGCGAAUUAUUAACCAAGUUACCGCAGGAAGUACGCGACACUCUGGUGUAAUCUGAAUAGUACCAAGCCUUCCAAUAAUUAUGUGGAAACAUUCCUUAUUCCUACUUAUUACGGCCUACUGUAGCAGUUAACUUUAAGUUGUUAAUGUAAUAUACAUAAACUUGGACCCACCAAACAAACGCACAAUUGUAAUAUCCAAUAUUUAAUGUAAGAAUUGUAUGAAAGACUGACGGAAAUAUAAAAGCAUGUUAAAUGUGUUGAAA